AUGAACGACAUGGACCUAUCCAAGCUCAACCAAAAGACCCUCCAGGUCUCCCGCGGCUUCACAUACACCUACUACACAUCCCCUGCGCAACCCUCCAAGCCCACCCUCGCCCUCAUCCACGGCUGGCCCGACACUGCCAAGCUCUGGGCCGGCCUCAUCAACUCCCACCUCCUCCCCGCGGGCUACGGCGUGCUCGCGCUGGACUGCCUCGGCUACGGCGGCACAUCGAAACCAACGAACAACGAAUCAUACAGCUACCAGCAGAUGGCCACCGACAUCACCGAGAUCCUCGACGCCGAAGGCAUCCCCGAGGUCGUUGCCCUCGGCCACGACUGGGGCAGCGGCCUCGCCCAGCGCCUCUACCACUUCUACCCCGCCAGGGUCUCCGGGCUCGUCAUGGUGAACGUGCCGUACAUGCCGGCGACGGCGGACUUCGACCUCGAGACGGUGAACAACGUCACCCGCGACGCGUACGGCAUGGGGAUAUUCGAGUACUGGCACUUCUUCAAGGCGGAGGACGCCGCGGGCAUUUUGAACGAGAACCUCGAGGCCGUGUACAGCAUCGCGUUCGGCGACCCUGAAGCCUGGCCGGGAGUCUUGUGCACGCCAGAUGGGAUGAGGAAGUGGGUUAGCGAGGGCCGGACGCAUCCGACUCUCCCGUACGCCACGGCCGAGCACAAGGCAGACUUCAUGGGCCGGCUCGGCGAGGAGCCUGGGUUCGACGCGCCGCUGCGGUGGUACAAGGCUAUGGUGGUGGGAGUCCAGAAUGAGGCGGAGAGAUCAGUUCCCGCGGAGGGGAAUGUAGUUGAGAUGCCUACGCUCUUCUGGGGCGGCGAGCAGGACUACGUGUGCCGAGCUGCUGGUCUAGAGCCGCACGUCGAUGCUGGGCUGCUGCCGAAGUUGAAGACUGUGACGAGGGAAGGCGGUCACUGGGCGCUGCUGGAACGGCCGGCUGAAUUCGGUCAGGACGUGGUUGCUUGGUUGCAGGAGGCUUUCUAG